AUCAACGGAACGAAAUCGUGGACAACGAAUGGUUUUGAAUCCAAAGCAUUAGUCCUAUUCGCAUCUACCGAUAAAUCAAAAAAACAUAAGGGAAUCAGUUGCUUUUUGUUGAAAAAAGAUUUUCCAGGGUUAUUCGUGGGGAAAAAAGAAGACAAAUUGGGUAUACGAGGGUCGUCGACGUGUAAUUUGGUACUCGAAGACUGCCCCGUGCCCGAAGAAAAUGUCUUAGGCGACCUGGGAAAGGGUUUCAAUUACGCGAUGAUAACUUUAGACGCGGGCCGUAUAGGAAUCGCCGCCCAAGGUUGUGGUAUCGCCCAAGCGUCGUUGGAACUAGCUGUUGAUUACGCUUCUAAAAGGAUCUCGUUCGGAGCGCCCAUCGCCAAAUUGCAAUCUAUACAGAACAAAAUCGCAGAUAUGGCGUUGAGGGUGGAAAGCGCUAGACUUUUGACGUGGCGUGCGGCUUAUCUUAAAGACUCUAACGCGUCACACACGAAAGAAGCCGCCAUGGCCAAGUUGGCGGCGUCUGAGGCCGCUACGUUCAACGCGCACCAGUGCAUACAGGUGUUGGGUGGCAUGGGUUACGUUUCAGACAUGCCGGCCGAGAGGUAUUACCGUGACGCCAGGAUAACGGAGAUUUACGAGGGCACGUCUGAGAUCCAGAAGAUAGUGAUCGCUGCCAACGUGUUCAAAGAGCACGGAUUAUAGACAAGAAUAAAUUAGUGUUAUACCUAUUAUAUURUUAUAUUAUAUGAAU